AUGAAUGCCGUGACUUUGAGGAGUGGAAAACAGUUGGAAGAUCCUCCCGUCAGGGAGCCAUUAAAGGAGGUUGUUGAAGGGGUAGGCGCAAAUGGGAAGGCCGUUGAUAGUACUAUGAUUGAGGAAGAGCCAAAGGAAACGACUCCUCCUCUUGCUCCAUAUGUGCCAAGAGUUCCUUUUCCGCAGAGGUUAGCCCAAGCCAAAUUAGAAAAAAAGUAUGGAAAAUUUCUUGAUAUUCUGAAAAAGCUUCACAUCAACAUUCCAUUCUUAGAUGCAGUAUCCGAGAUUCCAUCUUAUGCAAAAUUUUUAAAGGAUAUGCUCUCUAACAGGAAGAAGCUAGAAGAGAAUGCUACAGUUGCAUUGACUGUAGAGUGUAGCGCAAUUUUGCAAAACACACUUCCUAAGAAAUUAGGCGAUCCAGGUAGCUAUUCAAUUCCGGUGAAACUUGGAGAUAUAGAGAUCAACAGGGCAUUGUGUGAUCUUGGUGCAAAAAUGGAGGAGGAUGCACAUGUCCCUAUCAUUCUUGGUAGACCAUUCUUAGCCAUUGCGGGAGAAAUCAUUGAUAUGAAGAAUGGUAAAAUCACUUUUGAAGUAGGAGAUGAGAAAAUGGAGUAUUCACUCUUGAAUGCCAUGGGAACUCCUUCCAUGGGAGAGACUAUUUGUUAA